AUGAGCUUCCUUCCUACCUUGGCCUUCGCCAUCGUGGCAACCGCUGGCGCCGCUCACGCUUUGGGCGCCGGCACGUCCUUGGACCCCAUCCAACCGGUUUUGCUUCCGGAUGGUGCUCUUGCGAAAAAUCCCCUUGCCCAUCUCGGAGCCAACGGUCCUUGGGUGGCCGCCCCUCCCGUCACCGGCAUCUCGACUGAGAUCCCCGAAAACUGCCACGUCGAUCAGGCUGCCUAUGUCCUCCGCCACGGGUCUCGGUAUCCCGACACCGGUGCUCAUAAUGGUUGGGUUGAGAUGGCACGCCGUUUCAAGGAGAGCAACUACACAGCUACCGGCCCUCUCUCCUUCUUCCACACCUGGGACACUCCUCUCACGGACCCCGCCAUGCAGAUCGCCCAGCUCAGCAAGACAGGCUACAAGGAGCUUUUCGACCUCGGAUACACCCUAAGGACACGGUAUCCCGACCUAUAUAACGAGGGAGAAGAGUUCUUUGUCUGGGCCAACAACUACACCCGCGUGAUCCAGACUGCCCAACUCUUCGUCCACGGCUACCUCGGCACCAACUCCUCCCUGGGCACCGUCAUCUCCGUCACCGGCCGCGGCAUGCCCGCCCACCUAGGCGACACCCUGGCCCCGUCCGACAUGUGCCCGACCUUCCGGGACGACAGCAGCCGGCAGACGGCCGCAUGGCGCUCCGUCUGGCUCCCUUCGUUCAUCGGCCGUCUCUCGCAGUACGCCGAGGGCGACCUGCACCUGGACGACGGCCACUGGAACGACUUCCCUUAUAUUUGUGGGUUUGAGUCCCAGAUCACUGGCCGCCUGUCGCCCUUCUGCGACACGUUUACCCAGGAGGAGCUCGCGCAGUACGAGUACCAGCAGGACCUCCGCUACUACUACGGCGUCGGGCCGGGAGCGGACGUCGCGUCCAAGAUGAUGGUUCCGUUCCUUCAUGCCCUGAUGGGGCGGUUCGUGGAAGGUCCUGAGAGUGAGGGCGUCCGGGCCGACGGUACCCCGUUUACGCUGCCCAAGCUGCUCAUGAGCUUUCUCAAUGACGGACAGCUUAACCAGCUCGCCGUGGCUACCGGGGUGUUUGACGAGCAGAAACCGCUCCCCCUCGACCAUAUCCCCGAGGACGGCGACAGGUUGUGGAGGAGUUCGCGGAUCUCGCCCAUGCGCGGCACCAUUGCCUUCGAGCGCUUGAACUGCAGGCGUGCGGAGGGCGGUCGUAAUGAGACGUUCGUUCGCAUUCGCAUCAACGAGGUGCCGCAUGCUCUGCCCUCGUGUCAUGACGGCCCCGGCAAGUCGUGCCGUCUGGACAACUAUGCCGCUUACAUCGCGGAUAGGCUGGAGGCCCAUGGGGAUUUUAGGGAGAUUUGCAAUGCGACGGAUCCGGCUACCCCUAGUGAGGUUCUCGGCGCGAGCUUUUUCACCAACUUGGCGCAACCGCAUCUACAGUAUGUCCGGCCUUAG